CUUCAUUCAUUCACUCCCACAACAUGGACGCGAGCGCAUUGCUCUGCUCCCAAAGGCAAAUUCGCCACUUGUUGCAAACGUUUCCACGAUGUCGUUUGGCGGAUUUUUCUCAUCUCAUUUCCUGCGUGCUCAUCCGCUAGCUCUUUUUCCAAGCGACUUUAGCAGCUGCUUGUCGCCAAGCCGUGCAAAUAAAGAGGCUGCUCUGAGUCAUUUCCUCUUUUUAGGAUUCCUGCCGUUGCUGCUAUUUUCCCUUUUUGCCUUAAUCGUGCGGCAGACUUAAUCAUGGCGAUUGUGACGGAGGCUUCGAGCGUGUUUAUCCUCGUCGCCACGUGCAGCGAACGCUUAGCGAGCAUCUCGUUCGACGUUUCGUUCAUUUGAACAUUUAGACGGGUGGUAGUGAUGAUUUGGUGGUUAUCUUGCUUUUUCAUUGGUGUGGCCACAUCGACUAAGCCCUGCUGGUUGCCGCCGCCGCCGGUCUAUUUCGGGGCCGCUGCAACGAGCGUUGCACUUAAACCGCAAUUGUUUUAAGUGGCCAAUUCACCAACUUAAUGUGACUACUCCAAACGACAUUUGUAACAAAGCUAUCGGAAAAGCCCCGAAGAUGCCUUUUCCCUUCAUAUAGGCAUUCACUGCUAAGCAUUUUCCGCUUUGUUUCCAGCUUUUUCCAUUUCUUAGAAAAAUAGGUUGCCCCCUAAGUUUCCAUACUUGGAUUGUGACACCUUCAAAACAACAAAUAUACCGUUUUUUUUCGUGUAUAAUGCGCCCCCAUGUAUAAUACGCACCCUAAAAAUGGCAUGCUGAUGCUGGAAAAAAGCCUGUACCCAUGUAUAAUACGCACCCAAUUUUUAUGAAUUUUUAAAAAAAAAUUAUUUUUUUUAAGUCCCAAUGAUCGUUGCACACGCAGGGACGCAAAAAAAAAAAAUUUGUACCCAUGUAUGAUGCGCACCCCAGAUUUUAGGACAAUAAAUUAGUUACAUUUUGCGCACUAUACACGGAAAAAAACGGUAUUUCCAAAUCUUGAAAAAUGCUCGUGUGGUUGCAAUUGAAUGUAAUAGAAAAUGUGUAGCACAUUGAGAUGUUUCCAAAAGGCCGGGCUAAUGUGAGUCCAAAACAAAAAGCCCUUCCUCAAAGUUUUGGGCAUCAACGUGGUCCGAAGCUCUACGCCUUCCUUGUAGAACAUGAAAGCUGCUAAAAAGGUCAUCGGGUUUUUGCCGAAUUCCGCGACUGCGCUGCCGGAGCUUAGAAAAGCAAAUAAAACGGCAUGAAAUCCGAGAUUUAAAGCAAGACCGGUUAGCCUAUGUCCGAUAGUGAUUUUCAAAAAGUAAUUCAAUGUUUAAAUUCAUGGUAGUACGUUAAGCAACACGGUUAAGUCUGGCUUUUUGUUUCCAUUAGGUGAAAUGAACAUUAUCUCAUGUUUGUGCCAGUGUGAGAUUUAAGGAUCGGAAUGUAAUGCAUCUUAAGUAGCAUCAAGUAAUCCCCGCAUAUUUGCUGUUCUCUUGGCACCGAAUUACAUUUUAUAUUCCGUGAAAGACUAGCCGACUUAAGUUCUGUAAGGUCCUGAGAGGACACACGGCCUGCCAAUAUUCUCUUUGCAGUCAUUAAGAAAGCAUCUUGGGUGAAUUGGUGGUAAGCGACUCGCCCGGCCGGCCGGCCGCGUGACUUCAAGCACACAUCUUGUCAUUCUGAUGUCAAACAAACACUGCAACGUAGAAUCGAAAAAGAAUCCAUUGUAGAAAUAUUUGCCGCUUGUUCCUAGCCCAACUGGAAAGCACUCCACAAUGAAUGCAUUGUGACAAACUGUCAGGUUGACUAGCCAUCUUUCUGGACAUACAGUCACCCGUGAUGUUUGUUGGUCUCCACUGACAGCCUGCAGAGUGCCGUUUUGAGAAGAGCCCCCUGAAACAGCAGCAUCACAAGUGGAGGUCCCACACGGAAGAAAGAAUAUUCACGGGAGCAGAAGUCGGGCAAGCACAAUGCGAGUCCACGUGCACACCAGAUUUUGUUUCCUGUGCGUGCUCACCUUCCUCUACCAUCAGUCCAGCCACUGUCACGGCGACGACCACCGGCAGCAGCAGCACCGCGCUCAUCGCCACGCCAACCACGCCCACAAUGACCUGCAGAUUUCCCAGGACCCGUACGUAAGAAGAGCUUCUCCGACGGGAGCUUCGUUAGAGGAAGAGCAGCGUUUCUACAUCCGCCAGUUGUUCCGGCGUUACGGCCAGAAGGACCGGCUGGAUUUCCAAGGAUUCCAGAGUCUGCUGGUUAGCUUGGGUCUAGGCCAAAUCAAAGUGGUGGACGUGGACCACGAGGAUCUCGGCCACGACCACGUGGCCCAUCUAGACAUUCUGGACGUGCAGGAGGGCCUCCACUCGCACGGCGAGGCUCACGACCAUGACCGCGCGCAUCACCAUCCCGCCACCCAGCGGCCGCACGCGGAAGAGGGGGCCACACGGUGCGGCCGGCCCUCCACCACGCCUCCCGGCGCAUCUUCGGAGCACCCCCAGAAACACCAUCACGAUCACAAUCACAGCCCCGAUCACGCGCACCACGCGGAUCCGAGCCACGGUCAUCCCGAAGAUGACGGCCACCGACACUCGGAACACACUCGAGGCGGCACGGAUUUGCCUCCGUCCGACCCGGAGCAUCCGUCUACCGACCGAACGGAUCUGCGGACCUCUCCCGCCCCCGCAGAGGCCAAGACCAAGAGGCCCAAAAAGCCGGGAAGGGUCCGAGGACAACGGGGUCAAAACAAAACCCUCCCGUCUGCCACGGGCCUCUCCGAUCACAACCACGAGCACAAAAACGGAGUGGAUCACGGUCACGGCCAUUCUCAUAAGGAGAAACGGGAAGCGCCCAGAGGGCCCGACACCGCCACGGUGCCGGGCGGCGUUCUGGCGGGACACCCCGGUGGCCUGGCUCACAAGCAUGAGGAGUGUUUGAACCUGACCCAGCUCCUGGCCUACUACGGGCUGAGUCCCGACUCCCUCAUCUCUCCGGGCCAGUUCACCUACCUGUGCCCCGCCCUGCUGUAUCAGAUCGACAGCCGCGUGUGCAUCCGCCAUUACCACCAGAUGGACGCGGAAGAGAAUGUCAGUUCCGUGUGGAUUUGGGUGUGGGGCUUCGUGUCCAUCACCAUCAUCAGCCUGCUGUCUCUGCUGGGAGUGGUUCUGGUGCCCAUCCUCAACGGGUCCUGCUUCAAGUUCCUGCUCACCUUCCUGGUGGCGCUGGCCGUGGGCACCCUCAGCGGCGACGCUCUGCUUCACCUGCUCCCUCACUCUCGAGGGCAGCACGACCACAGCGACCCCAGCCACGGCGACGAUCUGGCCACCGACUUUGACGGCGUGUGGAAGGGUCUGACGGCCUUGACCGGCAUCUACCUCCUCUUCAUCUUCGAGCAUUGCGUGGGCAUGUUUAAGCACUACAAGGAUCAAAAGGCCGCCGAUAAAGAGGGCAAGAUCGGCCGCAAGUUGUCCGACCACCAAUUGAAUCGGCGCUCGGAUGCCGAAUGGGUCCACCUGAAGACGCUCGGUGACGAGCCCGACGGCAGCGUCGUCGCCUUCGACGACGGGCGCGACCCGACGGCGGCCGAGUCCCCCGGCGAGGUGGCGCCGACGGCCGACGACGGCGGCGGCCUGUCGCCCGCCAAUGCCAACGGACGCAAGGCCAAGCGGCGCGGCCACGGUCACUCCCACGGCGGCAAUUGCCACUCCCAUCAGGAGAUGAAGGACGCCGGCAUCUCCAGCAUCGCCUGGAUGGUCAUCAUGGGCGACGGCAUGCAUAACCUCAGCGACGGGCUGGCCAUAGGCGCGGCGUUCAGCGCCAACCUCACGGGAGGCCUCAGUACUUCGGUGGCUGUUUUCUGCCACGAACUACCUCACGAACUGGGCGACUUUGCGGUGCUGCUGAAAGCGGGCAUGUCGGUGAAGCAGGCCAUCGUCUACAACCUGCUGUCGGCCCUCAUGGCCUACGUGGGCAUGGUGAUCGGCGCCGCCGUGGGCCAGUACACGCACAACGUCACCAGCUGGAUCUUUGCCGUCACCGCCGGCAUGUUCCUCUACGUGGCUCUGGUGGACAUGCUUCCCGAGUUGCUCCACGGCGACAGCGAGGAGCACAAGCGCUGCCAGCUAGGACACUUUAUCCUGCAGAACUUGGGCCUGCUGACCGGGUUCGCCAUCAUGCUGCUCAUUGCCAUCUUCGAGAACCGCAUCGUCUUCCACUUUGACUUUUGAAGGUGGCUUUUCGGUGUUGACAAUCGCGGUGUUGACCUCAUUUGUAAUGUUUACGCCCCCCCGCAUCCAUCCAUCCAUCCAUCCAUCCAUCCAUCCAUCCGCCGCCACCCGUCGAAGCGUGACUCCCUGAAAGCACAAGCGAGCCCAACCGAGCUGAGCCGUUUCGCUCUUCUCCAACUUGUUUUGUCCAAAUUGGAUGUUGGUGCAAAGGAUGCUCCCUCCCUCCCUCCCUCCCUCCCUCCCAACUUGCUCACUAGCGCACCCUCAAAUGUGAAAUGAAGCAACUGUGGACUCGAUGGCAAAACUUGUCUUCACAAUUUCCAAUUGUCCAUUUGCGUUGGCUCGAUUGCGCAACCCGCUGCCCAACCCAAGCGCGUGGCAACGGUCGCGUCAAGAAAAGAAAUGCCGUUGAUGUUUGUAUUAGCUGAGACCUCGAGAAAGGUUUAGCAGAUCUUCAGUCUUACCUGUAGUUCCUUUUUUUUCUUUUUUCACUUGAUUGCAGUGUCGAUUUUAGUUUCUACCGAACGGUAUUUAGUGUCGUUUCCUAUUAACGCCUAGGUGUAAGCUGCCAAUGACGCUAUGAAGUGGAGAUUUAAUAUCUCCUUCGAAUUUGCGAAAGAAUAAAAGGACGUGUUUGUUUUUUGUUCUAAAUCCAAUCAUUGCUAUCUGGUGAAACGGUUAGUGAAUCUUGGAUGUCCAAUCUUGACGUGACCCCAAAGGUCAUCUCCUCCCUUUCCGUCGACAUUCCACUGCUGCUGAUGAGCGAGGCCGGCCGCAUUGCCUACUUUGGGUCGCUACGACCCCUUGAACCUGUCACCGUGUGACACCUUUGACUUUUUGGUCGUCACUCCUGCGGAUCGGAUGAUCCUGACCAAAGCAUGACCGGCAGGCAACUAGUGCGUUCUUGUGUGUUGACUUUGAACAAUGAAAAAUGAAUUUGAGCUGCACAAGUUCCAAUGGAGACCAACUUCCGUUGGCUUUGUAGCUAAAUUCAAAGAGAGAAAAAAAAAAAGACCGAUUUGAUGAUUCAAGAAAUACAAUCAAGUUGUGCCUGAAAUGUUCCGUAUUGACGUUAAUAAUGAGGAGGAGGCAUGUUUGUAAUGUUCUUUUCCACCCUGUCAAAUUUGUUGUCUUCGCGGUGUCGGUGGGGUCGGGUCGGGUCAGCUGUCUUGUAUUUAGAAUGUUGAACUUUUCCGUUUCGUCGAGAAAGCCCGAGCGGGUGCACGAUGAAUAGCUUGUAAAAUGAAGGUCAGCAAUUUGGUUUGCUAUAUGUCCAUAUGCUGUCCUAACAAAUGGGCAACAUUAAAAGGAUUUCUCAUCAA